CGCUGGGGCGCGGCUGCCCGCAAAGCCCGGCGCGCGGAUCCGCGAGGCUGGCCCUAAGAUGGCUGUUGUGCGCGGGGCGCCGUUGCUGUAGCGCCGAGAGGAGCCGCCCGCCCCGCCGCGCCGCGCCCCGCCGCCUCGCCCGCCAUGGAGUGUCCGCACCUCGGCUCCAGCGUCUGCAUCGCGCCCGACUCGGCCAAGUUCCCGCAGGGCUCGCCUUCCUCCUGGUGCUGCAGCGUGUGCCGGUCAAAUAAAAGUCCCUGGGUCUGUCUGACGUGCUCGAGUGUCCAUUGUGGAAGAUAUGUGAAUGGCCAUGCAAAAAAGCAUUAUGAAGACGCACAGAUUCCUAUGACCAAUCAUAAGAAAACAGAAAAACAAGAGAAAGUUCAGCAUACUGUGUGUAUGGAUUGCAGUAGUUACAGUACAUACUGUUAUCGCUGUGAUGAUUUUGUAGUGAAUGAUACCAAGCUGGGCCUGGUACAGAAGGUCAGAGAGCACCUACAGAACUUGGAAAAUUCAGCCUUUACAUCAGACAGACAUAGGAAAAGAAAACUAUUGGAAAAUUCAUCUCUGAACAGCAAGUUAUUAAAAGUAAAUGGAAGCACCACUGCCCUUUGUGCCACAGGCCUUCGGAACCUGGGGAAUACGUGUUUCAUGAAUGCAAUCCUUCAGUCGCUCAGUAACAUUCAGCAGUUCUGCUGUUACUUCAAAGAGCUGCCUGCUGUGGAGCUGAGGAAUGGGAAGACAGCAGGCAGGAGAACUUACCACACCAGGAGCCAGGGGGAUAACAACGUUUCUUUGGUGGAAGAAUUCAGAAAAACACUCUGUGCUUUAUGGCAAGGAAGCCAAACUGCAUUUAGUCCAGAGUCUUUAUUUUACGUUGUUUGGAAAAUCAUGCCAAAUUUUAGGGGGUACCAGCAACAGGAUGCCCACGAGUUCAUGCGUUACCUUUUGGACCAUCUACACCUGGAACUCCAGGGUGGCUUCAAUGGUGUUUCACGUUCAGUAAUUUUGCAAGAAAAUUCUAGUCUGUCUGCAAGCAACAAAUGUUGCAUAAAUGGAGCGUCUACUGUCGUCACAGCCAUUUUUGGAGGCAUUCUUCAAAAUGAAGUCAACUGCCUAAUAUGUGGGACUGAAUCUAGAAAGUUUGACCCAUUCCUAGACCUUUCGCUAGAUAUUCCAAGUCAGUUCAGAAACAAACGUACUAAAAAUCAAGAAAAUGGACCAAUGUGCACACUACGAGAUUGUCUUCGCAGUUUUACAGACCUGGAAGAACUUGAUGAGACAGAGCUGUAUAUGUGUCACAAAUGCAAAAAGAAACAGAAGUCCACCAAAAAAUUCUGGAUUCAGAAACUACCAAAGGUGCUAUGCUUACACUUGAAACGAUUUCACUGGACGGCAUAUCUGAGAAACAAGGUUGAUACAUAUGUUGAGUUUCCUUUACGAGGCCUAGACAUGAAAUGCUACUUGUUAGAGCCCGAGAACAGUGGCCCGGAGAGCUGCCUGUACGACCUGGCGGCUGUUGUUGUGCACCACGGCUCGGGCGUUGGCUCUGGACAUUACACCGCGUACGCCGCGCACGAGGGCCGCUGGUUCCACUUCAACGACAGUACUGUAACUCUGACCGACGAGGAGACUGUGGUAAAGGCCAAGGCCUACAUCCUCUUCUACGUGGAACGGCAAGCCAAAUCUGGAUCAGAUAAACUUUAAUACCUCCUUCUAAUUCUCACUUAUCAAGUCCACCGGACAAAACAUUUCCAUUUUUCCAUAAAUACUUGAUCCAAGACUAUUAAUUUCAUUGUGCACUUUUCAAUUUCCUCUUGUGGGUUUUAGUUUUGUUGUGUCAAUGGUAGCAUUUGACUUACUGAACUUGGACACAAACUAACUUUUUUUUUUUAGUUAUACCAGAAAACCUCAGCAGAUUUUGAUUUGCUGCUUUAGUUGUGAUAACUCAAUUUUUAUAUAUAUAGUUUCAUGAAAUACUUAGUUAUUUGACUUUUUUUAUAUUAAUGUUUUCAGUUCUCACUUUCUAAAGGCACAUUUACAUCAGAGAAGCUUUCUAUCCUCCUUACGAGCAAGAUAAAUGUGCUUCUGAUUAUGAAGAGCAAUACAACUUCAUGCUGUUGUCACAGCUGUUGCGUAGACAUGAUUUAAUCUCUUUAAAUCAAAGAGUUGUUUGCACGUACUAUUUUCCCUCGUGCAAGAAACUAAACAGUGACCUCUGAACAAUCAUUCUUUGUCUGCAGAAGAGAGGAGAUGUGGCAUCAUUAAAUAGACCAGGUAAUUGCUGCUAUAUUGGUGUGUAUUCAGGCUGCUUUCAGGAAUCAUUGUAAAUAAACAGUUGGUUUAAUUGUAUCUAUACUGCAGCUUAAUUCAAGUAUUCCUCACAUAUGCUCUGCCCUCCCCCCCUUUCAAAUUUAAAAAAAAAAAUUAUCUUAAAAUAUAUACAUGUCUAGAUUGUGUUGAGAUUUAUGUUUUUUUAACUAAACCUGAAUUGCCUUAGACACCUCUUGUUCUAGAUUGUCAUCCUGAAAUCUGAUCAUAAACACUUAACUUGCUUGAAAACUUGGAGACUUCCUGGUAGUGGGACCCCAGCCCUCCUUCCUGGUGGGAACUGGGAAUACAGCCGUAAAGUUUGGGGGUUGUGAGAACAGUCUUAGGUCUAAAUAUAGCUCCUGUCCACUAAAUGCCUGCCAUUCUCUUAAAACUGACAGUUGUUUUAGCAGUUCAAAUGCAAACCAAAGGGAAGCUGCUGAGUUUCACAGCGUUGCCCGCCUGGCUGAGAUGAUGAGCCCAGAGAGGUUGUUGUCUGGCUGUGGUAUUGACGCACGGGCCCAGGGUGGGAUCUUUAUGUACAGGCUCUACAUGAACACUGGAGGGAUGAUACUAUUUCUAGAACUUGGCUGUGUAACAGGGAAGAACUUCUGUUAAGAAAACAAACCAACAGUUGAAUUUUAGCUGUACUGCCAUUCUGGAUAGUGGAAGUCAGCUAAUAAGAUUUAAAAAAGGUGGACAGGAAAACCAACAUUGCAAAAGCCAGGAGUCCCCCCCAAACCCCUGGAAUUUGACAAAUGCUACAGUUCUCGUCCCCUGCCCAUCCUUUUAGCAUGCCCCUGUGUGCCCAGCAAGGAACUGGACACUCCUAAAAUCCCAAAAGCAUGGCAGUAGGAGUAGAAUUUACUUAAUGUAGAGUCAACGCAGACAGCGCCUUUUACUUGUGAUAACAGUAAAAUAGUAGUCUGAAAACACACAAGAAUUCAAUUAAAAUCUGAUUAUCCUUUCUAGUUAAUGCUUCUGAGAGACAGCACAGAACACCAUUAAAAGUUUCCCUACAGGCUGUACCGCAGCUCAACCUGCUGCUGUGUGUCACCUGCUGCCUGUACACUGGCAAGUACAAAGAGAAAUCAUGAUCAGGGUUUUUUAAAAAUUUCAUUCUUCAUAGCUUUUCCACAGCAUCUCCACCCAGGAAAGAGAGAAAUUGGCUUAAUAUAAAAGUGCAGAAAGCAUUCAGCAUUGCUAAUGGUGUAUGAAUAUGUAAACUGUACACUAGUUAAAACCUAUUGUGAUUAUUAUUUGAUACAUUAAGUGACAUAUAUAACAAUGUCUUCUUUUACUUAAGUUGAACAAUAAAUAGAACUAUUCAUUGCUUUAAAUUGUAGAUAGUUUGUCACCUACCAUUUCUCUGUUUCUUGCAGCCAGAGCCUUUCUCCUAAUGGGAAUAGGUAGCUGUUACCGUUUCUACAGGCAGAAAAAGGUAUUUGAGAGACUUCAUUGGUGUGUGGGGCAAGUGCAGUAUCUUACCAGUUUAUUACCCUGAAGGGCAGCCUUAUUGCUUUCAGUUAGUGGGGAGUUCAGUAGAUUCCAUCUAUAGCUGCCUUUUUUCUGCAUGCUACUUGGAUUGGAUUGCUUUAGAAUUUCAGUUUUGAGAAUACAAAGCUUAAAUUACACAACUAGCUAUUGGCCAGAAGCAGUUUAACUUACAGUAGUCAGGUGUGUGCAGUGUUCUCGCAAAUCAGUGAUGUAAAUGUGCCUUUCUGUAUUUUUAGAAACUUAAAUUUAUAAUCUUUAGCAACAUUCACUUAUUUUAAGCAGCUUCUACUUCUCCAGUUAAUUGUUUUGGGUCAGAGUUAUGUUCUCACUUCGGUAUUUCCUUUCAGUAACACUUGCUCUGUAACAUUAAGGUCUUGGGCAAUAUGAUCUCUCCAGCAUGGUCCAUGUGAGACACGGCCAUGGGAACACAAUGCAAUCAGGUCUGUCUUGUUCUUGCAGCAGGUGGUGAUAAGGACUCAGCCAUAUGCUUUGCUGGAACAAGUACGUUGUAAAUCCUUUCCUAAUUUAACUUCUCCCACUGCAAACCCAGAUGGACAGUAUGAACAGUUUGUUGUGGCAACACAAGUAUUUCUCUUCCUGGUGGAGAACUUUGCUUAUCCACUGUAUUCUAUUCAGUGUGGUGUCAAAAAAAAAAAAAAAAAAGAAAAAAGUAACUGAGCACUGAACCAGUAACAUAUACUGCACCUGGCCUAGUAUUACAUUUUUAACCUUACUUGUAUAUCCUAUAUUUAUCUACUAGCUUGUGGGAGGGGGGGAUAUCUCAUUUCAUUUAAGCCAAAUGUUUCUUUUCUACUUACUGCUGAUCGUAGUACACGCUAACUGGCAAGAAUUUUUUUUCUUGCUUGUGAACUUCUCUGCAAGCAACAACUGCUCUCUACAGUUCAAAGAUUUGCAUAUUUUUCACCAAAAUUUGUCUGAUCGAAGGUUGUCCUUUUGUUAGUGAUUGUUUAGCCACGUAUACAACUGGAGACAAGAUUUACUAAAACAAACCUGCAAAAUGUCCAGCUCUCAGAAUACUUCUGCUUUAGGGUUUUGUAUAGCCAGGUGUGAAGUGCAGCGUUAUGUGAAACCCUAAGGCACUUGCAAACAGAGCUCCUGUGGGUCAGAAGGUGCUUUCCAGGUGGUGACAGUCUGCCUGAGAGGAGAUGGGCCAGGACAGCGACUUGUACCAAAAGCAGGAGGCCAUUUAUAAGGAUUUUGCUAAACCAAUGGAAAGCCUAACACGUGGUGUUCAAAAGUUUCCCCAACAAUGUUUCAUUACUGGUGUGUCUGUGUCUUACUGAUGAGGUAAUCAGCACCUUGAAAAUUGAUUCCAAUGUGCUUUAGGAUAUCCUCAAGUACUGUAGUGCCAUAGUUGUAAUUGUUUACCAUUAAAAUCUAGUGUGUAAUUUUCA